AUGCAAGGGUUGAUCAAGGUAGGAAUCCUGAAUUUUGAAAAGAAGCCGGAACAGAAUAUUAACAACAACCCAUUGCCAAAUCAUGUUGGGGCAGGGGUGAAUGCAUUCGAAGGGGAGCUAUAUGUUAAAAGAAACAUUUGGGAAGUGGAAACCCCCAUGCAGAAAGUGUUUGAAGCCUUGGUAAAGGCCGAUAUGCUUGAGGUUUGGUUGGAAUGUCCUGAUGUGAAUGACUCGAGAGAUAUCCAAGGACCAUACUACUUAUAUCACAAGGGAUGUGUGGGGCAUUUAAUUCAAGAUUGUAGUUCUUUCCGGAAGGAAGUGCAAAGGAUGAUGGACGAGUCAAGGAUUGAAUUCUACGUGGAAGUCUCAAGGUCAGCAAUAAACAUGAUGUCCAAAGAUUCCACUCACCCAACAAAGAUAAAACCUUUAACCAUUUUUUAUGAACCAAGAGGAGAGUCUGUGGAAGACAAAACCCAUGCCAAAAUGACCAUUGAAGUUCCUAAACCUUUCCCCUACAAAGAUGAUAAAGCUGUCUUGUGGAACUACAAUUGCAAUGUACAAGUUUCAAAUGCGGAGAAAUGGAUGGCCGAAUCUCAAGAUAAUGCUGCAAAUAUAAUUGGUGUUGGGGGGAUUACCCGCAGUGGAUGUUGCUAUACACUAGAGGCAUUGGAGAAUCUCAAGAAGGAGAAGGGAAAAGAAAAAGGGCAAGAUUCGAGAGAAGAAAAAGUGCAAUCUCAAGAAUCGACAGAUGGUUCAAAAGGGUCAGUGACGAAAAAAAAAGCUGUCGAAUUCUUCAAGUUCAUUAAACAUAGUGAGUACAAUGUGGUCGAGCAAUUGAACAGGUUGCCUGCUCGUAUUUCACUACUAUCAUUGCUUCUCAGCUCAAAACCACAUAGAAAUUCUUUGAUGAAGUUUCUGAACCAAGCAUAUGUGGAUCACGACAUUUCAAUUGAAAAUUUAGAUUACAUCAUUAGGAACAUUUCAGUGGGUAACAUAAUAUCCUUUAGUGAUGAAGAAAUCCCUUCUGGAGGUAAGGGAAACUACAGAGCCUUGCAUAUCACAACCAAGUGUAAAAGUUGUACCGUUGUAAAAGUGCUGCUUGAUAACGGAUCAUUCUUAAAUGUGAUGCCCAUGAGGACCUUGGUCCGCUUACCCAUCAACAUGUCCUAUAUGAGAAAGAGCCAAAUGAUCGUGAGAGCCUUUGAUGGGACAAGAAGAGAAGUAGUAGGGGACAUUGAGAUAUCGAUAGAAAUCGACCCUUGUACCUUGACCAUUGAGUUUCAAGUCAUGGAUAUCGCUCUUUCUUAUGAUUAUUUAUUGGGAAGACCUUAA